GCAGGGUUGCUAAGGGUGAAACUUUUCAUUGACUUUGCUCACUUCGGGCCGGGGCGCGGGAAGGUGCGGGUUGUUGCCGGAGAGAAGCGAGUGGCUCGGGCGACGCGGGGCCAGAAGGGCAGGACCGCCCGCUGGCCAGAGCCCGGACCGUCCUCCGCCCUGCGACACGAGCCGCCCUUCGGUCCGACAUCCCCGCGCCGUCGCCGCCGGCCGGCCCGCCCGCCUUCCGUCCCCCCUUGGCCGAGCCUGACCUCCAAAAAGCUGAAAGAAUUAUUAUUGAGAAUCAUAGCCCCAAACUCCCUUCCUUGCUCCCAACCUUCAACGAAGAAAAAGACCCAUCAGCCUCCGGCCCGGCGGCGCCCGGGAAGGAAGAAAACGACCACCGUACCGCGCCCCGGACUACCCUGGAAGGGAGAAGCCACCCCGAACCGCCCCGCCGCCGCGGAGACCCGACAACUCCAGAAGGAGAUCACCCAGCCCAAGGAAUACAGAUUAAGUGGCAGUGUUGGAGCUCUCUGGAGCCCAAGGCUGCCUAUCUUACGUCACCUGCCACUGCCCUUGGUUUGCACUCUUGCCGUGAGCUGACUCGCUACCUAGGAGAGCAAGGACCAUGCAGCUGGAGAUCAAAGUGGCCCUGAACUUUAUCAUCUCCUACUUGUAUAAUAAGCUGCCCCGGCGCCGGGCAGACCUGUUUGGGGAGGAGCUUGAGCGGCUCUUGAAAAAGAAAUAUGAAGGCCACUGGUACCCUGACAAGCCACUGAAGGGCUCUGGCUUCCGCUGUGUUCACAUCGGGGAGAUCGUGGACCCCGUGGUGGAGCUGGCCGCCAAGCGGAGCGGCCUGGCAGUGGAGGAUGUACGGGCCAAUGUGCCUGAAGAGCUGAGCGUCUGGAUCGACCCUUUCGAGGUGUCCUACCAGAUCGGUGAGAAGGGGGCAGUGAAAGUGCUGUACCUGGAUGACAGCGAGGGCUGUGUUGCACCAGAGCUGGACAAGGAGUUCAAGAGCAGUUUCAACCCUGAUGCCCAGGUCUUCGUGCCCAUCGGCAGCCAGGACAGCUCCCUUUCCAACUCCCCGUCACCAUCCUUCGGCCAGUCACCCAGCCCCACUUUCAUCCCCCGCUCCGCCCAGCCCAUCACCUUCACCACUGCCUCCUUCGCUGCCACCAAGUUUGGCUCCACCAAGAUGAAGAAGGGGGGUGCGGCAGCAAAUGGCGGGGGCAUGGCCGGCGGCGGGGCAAGUGGCCAGCAGCCUCCCCAGCAGCAGCCCCGCAUGGCCCGCUCUCCCACCAACAACCUGCUGAAGCACAAGAGCCUCUCUUUGUCUCUGCACUCGCUGAACUUCAUUGCGGCCAACCCGGCCCCUCAGUCCCAGCUCUCCCCCAAUGCCAAGGAGUUCGUGUACAACGGGGGCUCUCCCAGCCUCUUCUUUGACGGGGCCGAUGGCGGGGGCAGUGGGGCCGGCACGUGCAACAGCAGCGGCUUCGACGUGGCCCAGGUAUUUGGAGGCGGCACCAACAGCCUCUUCCUGGAGAAGACCCCCUUCGUGGAAGGCCUCAGCUACAACCUGAGCACCAUGCAGUACCCCAGCCAGCCCUUCCAGCCGGUUGUGCUGGCCAACUGACCGCCCACCCGCCACGGGGCCAGGAGCGCCCGAGACCACAGAAAAGAGAAAGGAAAAGAAAGGCCAAAAAAAGAGGAAAAGAAAAAUACACAAAAAGAUUUCCAGUCUUCGCACUCUGGCUUCUAGAAAAAAGAUCCGGUCCAGGCAUGGAGUGGGAGGGGGCUCCUGAAGCACCGAAUCUGUUUAACUCGACCCCCUGCCGCUUUCCUGCCUGCCUCUGAUUUAUUUGAUUUGUUUGGGUUUUAUAUUUUUUCUUUUUUCUUUCUUUCUUUUUUUUUUUUUUUUUACAUGUAGUUUUCUAUAUAACAUCUUUAAUUAGUGGCUUCCUGUGCUAAGAAUGGUCCAGAUGUGAAUUGCUGCUCCCUGUUCCCUCCCUCCCUCCCUCCCUCACACUGUCGAGGAUCUCGUGUCCUCUCUCACAGGGAAGGAAGAGCCGGAAGAGGCGCAGCUGGGGCCUGACCCUGCCCAGAGCAGGGAGAGGCUGCCUUGUGUCACUGCCUCUAUCACCCAGCUAUCCUUUUACUCAAAGCCAUCCAACCUCAGAGGGCCUUCUUGGGCCCUGCCACCCAGAUAGGUCUGACCCCAGCACCCACCCCCCCUGCCUCUCGGGCCUGAGACACGGGGAGCUGCUGACUGGCGACUUGACACCCUCCCACUAGAGCUGAUGUCUGUGACUCCAGGUAGCACUCUGUCUGGUGGAACUGCUUUCAUCUCUGUCCUGUGUUCCCACGCCACCAUCCCCAUCUGGCUCGGGCUAUCAUCAUGGCCCUGGAGACCCAUCCGUUGGCACAUGUGGCUCUUCAUGCAGCCCCUUGUUCCCGGGGCCUGAGGUUGUGGGUAACGGGGUGGGGGGGGGCAGGUGUGGGUGUGUGUGCGCGCGCGUCCAUGUGCGUGGUUUGCUGUCCUGUUUUAAAGGAUUCCAAGCCAUGUGAAACUCCCCUUCCCCCCCCCCCCCCCGACAUGAUUCCAGGUUGCAGCAAGUGCUUAUUUAUGUAGGAGGUUGGGGAAUGGGCCGGGCGGGUGGUCAGUCCUUUUGUAGGGUGGGUCAUGUGGUGGGGUGAGACUGCGGCUGAGCCUAAGACACUCCCAGGGGAAAAUACUGCAGAAGGAACUGGUUUCCAGACUGCGGAGGGAUCUGCACUUUUGUUUUUGACCAAAAAAAAAAAAAAAAAAAAAAAAAAAAAAGAAAGAAAAAAAAGGGUUAGCUGUGAGGGGCUGAGGGAAUACCAGCCCCUGAUGCCUAAGUCCCUGGACUCAGAUCCUCCUAUUUGGUGACCUUAACCCAGGGUGGGAGCCGCUCACCUGAGCACCCUGGAGGGGGGGGUGGGAGUUUGGGUCAGUGCCUACAGUGGGCAGUCCUGAGCCUUCAAUUGAGACUAAUUAGUCUUUCGGUUGUAGAUGUUAUUUUAGUAUGUUUCUGCCCCUGCCUGCAUGAGAACUUCUUGGUACCUCUUGGCAUCCCCUCUUACUGGCUGACCCGGUCCCACUUGGCCUUGAUGCCGUGAGGAGUGGUUUCCCGGGCAGGCCAGGUUGGACAGGCAUUUGACUAUGGCAGGCGGUGUGUGUGGAUUAUAAGAGAGCACCAGCUCCUGCCUCUGCCAGAAGAGGAGAUGUUUCUCCCACCCAACCCUAGCGAACCAGCUUUCACGCGCUGAUGCUUUGGCUGGUGGGCCACAUGGCGGCAGGGCCCCCGUCACCAAAAUGUACCAAAGCCCUUGGCACCCCACCCCACCCCCACCUCCUCAGUGACCCCCCAAGUGGGCAACCACUGUGGCAGUGGGUCCGGCCCAGACAGACACUGCCAGCCUCCCCUCCCUGCAGUGGGCACCAGCUCUACCUCCCCCAGCGGGGCAAUGCCCCGGCUCCUCAGCCCGGUAUCCUCUGUCCCCUAUGCUUCUCAGGGGCCAGCCCCAUCCGGGCCACCCUCUCCCUAGCCCUCAGCUCCCGCGCAAGUGACAGGCCCAGGCAGAUCGCUGCUCUCUGGGAAAGGUUGGAUGCUGCCUUAUUUAUGCCCUCUUCCAGCCCCCCUUUCCCUCACUCACGUGCACAGGUACCUACCACCCCCCAGUCAGCUUGUUUCUCACCA